GUGUAUGUUAUGUAAGCGAGAACACUGCCGCAAGGCCUUGCGCUGCGCUGCGCCGACUCUGCGAAGUUCAGUGCAUGCUCAAUACUGGACUUGGAUGGCACACAAUCAAACGGGUGUCAAUGGAUACGGAGUCAAGCAGUAUCCUCCUGAAGAUGUCCUUCGUGAGGCACUCCAUCAGUAUGCCAAGGAACGACUCACGUUCCAACUUACUGUCAAGAAGUCCCGGUUGCAUGAACUAAACAAGCAGUGUGACGGUCCAAGUCCACGAAAGCCACCCCCGACUGAUAUUGCAACCCAAGCUGUUCUGGAGAAAGUUGCGAAUGAUGUCAACCAGGCAAAUGGAGUCCGAACGAUCACAUCACUUUCGAGUAGUGAAGGAAUGCCCCUGCCUCGGUGCGACCCUUAUAUGUCAUACAAACAUUCCUUAUGCAUUUAUUUAUCUAGUGAUUUUGUACGCACUGUGCUUGCCUGCCAUGCACCAGAUGGGUUGAAUGCACGGUUUCCUCGUGGCAAGCAAGUUGGCCGAUCGACCUUAUCGGCUAUUGGGCCAAAUCACCAGCAUCAUGCGGAUGGUUUUGCGAAGUUGAAUGCACAGGCUUUGCAGAUGGGCGGUGUAGGACUUGACAUAUAUGGGAUAAAGGACCAAUGGAGUAGUUUUCUUCUCCAUCUUGUUGUAGUUCCAAACCAUCGGCUUGCAGCGACAAUUGGCCAUGUGCACCUCGACUACAUCACAAAGUACAUGGGUUAUUUCGUACUCAAUAUUGAUGUGGAAGCAAUACCUCCGACAUUUGUUACUGACAGAGGCUCAGAAACAGGUAUCAUUUUCGCCAACCAGACAGCACUGUGCACGGUUUUUGCACCUAACAUCGAUGCCAACCAAUACCCGCCAUUCCAGUUCUUGAAGAGUGUCCAUAAUACACCCAUUGAGGGCUUGUGGCACUGGUUUCUUGAUACGAAGGGUAUUAAUGUAAAAAUUUUGCUACGAAGCGGACUACAUGAUGGAGCAUAUCACCCAAAUAAAUCUCUUCACAAGCAACUCUUCUACUGGCUCUGGCCGAAAAUUUUGCGGGGCGAAUUGGAUUCUUUUGUGGAGUAUUGGAAUAACCACCGCAUUCGCUACCAGAAACGAAAAUCCAAUGCUUCAGGUACCUCUCCACGACAUGCAUUCACUCUCCCAGCAUCACAAGGUGGACAGGACUGCAAGGUUCCCGUUACCCAAGACGUAAUUGAUGCACUGAGGCAUGAAAUCCCAGUUUCGAGAGAUGUGUCAAUGUGUUGGGUAAGUGAAGAGUUUGGUAAUUUGGCCGAAAGGAUCUAUGAAGAAAUUGGAUGUCCCAACUUCACGCUGCACGGAGGCUGGGCUAUUUUUCAACAAAUGGAGGAAAUCCUUGUCGAUGAACUUCAGGUUGAUGAGCUCUUAUAUCCGUAUUUACGUUGAUUAGCUAUUUCACAGAUCAGAACUUAAUACGAGUCUGAGAUGUAGCAGCAUCUCUGUGGUCACAACUCCACAUGCAACAAAAUGCUACUCCCAUUUUAGCAACACAAAGGAUAUCACCAGCCAUGGAAAUAAUGUACAUGGAAACUGCAGGCUUGACAUGAUGUACAUAGAAUUUUGAUCCAUCUGCAUAUGAAGGCC